AUGGAGGGGUUUAUCUUCACGGGAAAGCAACAACCUUCCAACCAUCCUACCCGAACCUCUUGCACACCAGACCUCACAGCCAACCACCCACCGGGUCAAGCGGCCCAUGCAGCGUACGUACCUCCAAGGGAUGAAGAGAGAGUGCUGGACCCGAAACGGGAUCCACCAGAUAAGGAGAUUGGGACUCUCAUCGCAGGGGAAUUCUUGCGGGACCAAACCAAAGAAGCCGUGAACCGAACCCAAGCGGACCAUGAUAUGGAGACAGCCAAGGAUGGGGCUAUCCCGUCCUGA